GGGUCUCACCAAGCUCCCCCUGCCCCGGGCCAGUAUGUCGGGUUGGCGGGCAGGCCUCGCUUCCCGCCCCGAAUCCCAUUCAUCCAGAGUACGCGGCCCCGCGCGCUGCGCAGGACGGGUUACAGUGACCCAGCCCGGUGAAGAUCUCUGGAAACGAUGACCAAGAAAAGAAUUGCUGUGAUUGGGGCAGGUGUGAGCGGGCUCUCGUCUAUCAAGUGCUGCCUGGAAGAAGGCUUGGAGCCCAUCUGCUUUGAAAGGACUGAUGACAUCGGAGGGCUCUGGAGGUUCCAGGAAAAUCCUGAAGAAGGAAGGGCCAGUAUUUACAAAUCAGUGAUCAUCAACACUUCUAAGGAGAUGAUGUGCUUCAGUGACUAUCCCAUCCCAGAUCAUUAUCCCAACUUCAUGCAUAACUCUCAGAUCAUGGAGUAUUUCAGGAUGUAUGCCAAAGAAUUUGACCUUCUAAAGUAUAUUCGAUUGAAGACCACUGUGUGCAGUGUGAAGAAGCAACCUGAUUUCUCCACUUCAGGCCAAUGGGAGGUGGUCACGGAAUCUGAAGGGAAAAAGGAGGUGAAUGUCUUCGAUGGAGUCAUGGUUUGCACUGGCCAUCACACCAAUGCUAACUUACCCUUGGAAAGCUUCCCUGGAAUUGAGAAGUUCAAAGGACAGUACUUCCAUAGUCGAAACUAUAAGAACCCAGAGAGUUUCACUGGAAAGAGAGUCAUUGUAAUUGGCAUUGGGAAUUCUGGAGGGGAUCUUGCUGUGGAGAUUAGCCAUACAGCCAAGCAGGUAUUCCUCAGCACCAGGAGAGGGGCUUGGAUCCUGAAUCGUGUAGGAGACAAUGGCCUUCCUUUUGAUGUGUUGUUCCUUUCUCGACUUAAACGUUUUUUGGCAAAGAUUUGUGGUGAAUCAUUAGUAAACACAUAUAUGGAAAAAAAGGUGAACCAAAGGUUUGACCAUGAAAUGUAUGGCCUAAAGCCUAAACACAGACCUCUGAAUCAGCAUCCAACAGUAAAUGAUGACCUGCCAAAUCGUAUAAUUUCUGGCUUGGUGAAGGUGAAAGGAAAUGUGAAGGAAUUCACAGAAACAGCUGCCAUAUUUGAAGAUGGCUCCAGGGAGGAUGACAUUGAUGCUGUUAUCUUUGCCACAGGCUAUAGCUUUGCCUUUCCUUUUCUUGAAGAUUCUGUCAAAGUAGUCAAAAACAAGAUAUCCCUGUAUAAAAAGGUCUUCCCUCCUAACCUGGAAAAGCCAACUCUUGCAUUCAUAGGCUUGAUCCAACCCUUGGGUGCCAUUAUGCCCAUCUCAGAGCUCCAAGGACGCUGGGCCACUCAAGUAUUUAAAGGGCUAAAGACAUUGCCCUCACAAAGUGAAAUGAUAACAGAUAUAGCUAAGGCUCAAGAGGAAAUGGCAAAAAGGUAUGUGGAGAGCCAACGUCAUACCAUUCAAGGAGACUAUAUAGAUACGAUGGAAGAGCUUGCUGAUCUGGUGGGCGUCAGGCCUAAUCUGCUGUCUCUGGCCUUCACUGACCCCAAACUGGCAUUACACUUAUUCGUGGGACCAUGUACUCCAAUCCAGUAUCGUCUACAGGGCCCUGGAAAGUGGGAUGGAGCUCGAAAAGCUAUCCUCACCACAGAAGAUCGUAUCAGGAAGCCUAUGAUGACAAGAGUAAUUGAAAGCAAAAGUUCCACCACUUCGACAAUAACAAUGGCCAGGUUUAUGCUGGCUGUUGUUUUCUUUGCUAUGAUUAUCACCUAUUUUUAGCUGUUCCAUUGUCAUUGCCCUAGUUUUCUUUGGGAAGCUGGAUUUAGAGAUGCCUUCAGAAUCUGAUGAGAUUGAACAACUCUCAGCUUCACAUUGCUUAGAAAUCUACUUUUUGUCUUUCUAAAGCAUUAAUCCUCUUUCCUCUUUUCCCUACAGUGAAAUCCCAGCUUUUCAUUCAUAUUGGCUUACCUUCCUUCCUCUAAUGACUUAUCACGUUUUCCUUAAAGCAAUCCCUGGACUGUGAGCUCAGGUACCCAUUCAGUCAUCUUUGUAUGUCCUUAGCAGAGUUCUUGACCUGUGGUAGGUGCUUAAUAAAUGUUGACUGUCAUUUACCAAAUAUUAUGGUGGGGAGCAUAAGUCAAUAUCUGUAUAAGAAAUGGGUGAUUCCAUGUAACUCUGCUUCUGAUAGCAUUUGGUUUUCUAUUAGAAGCCCAAUCUUUUGUUUGUUUUUAAUAUUCUAACUAAAUGUAUGUUUCCUGAGAAGUAAGAGAAAAAAAUGGUCUUAUAACAGUUGUAUGCAUCUAAGAUAAGAUAUGUAGAUACUUAAACAUUUUGUUUCACUAGUGUAUCUAAGACCACGUCACUUUUACUCUUUUCCCCUAAGCAACACAUCUUUAUUUUCUCAGUGAAGAAACUACCGUCAACUUUCUAGGCUCAUGGGUCGUUCUAAUAAUCUAGCAUCUGCCAGUAGGUUCGAGUUUGUUGAAAAACUUGGGAUUUUAAAUGAGCUGUCCUGUCUUUUUGAUCUCUUAGUUCCCAUAUUAGGAUCCAACAAGACUUUACCUUAGGAAAUAUGAUAACUAGCUGCCAACUGUUAUAGUGUAGCCUAUAAAUAUGAUUUGAUUUGUCUCCCCCUACUCCUGCUUUCUCCCCUCCACUCCCACCCACACAUAAAGUCUAAGUAAUAAGUAUUCGAAGAGGUCAUUUAUGUAUUAAAUUAGGAUUGAUAAUAACUAAAUAUGGGGGCAUUCUGCUUAUAAAAGUUCUUAUGUCAUAUAGUGUAUUUCUGGAAGACAGAGCAAAUGAAAUGAAAAGCAGGGACUCCAGUUUAUGUCCUGGUGCUGUUGUUGAUUCUGUUUUCUCAUCUGUAGAAGUUUUGCUGUGUUCUUGUCUCACAGAGAAGUUAACUAAGUGUUAGGGGUCCACCACACUGAAUUUCAUGAAGAAGGUACUGGAUGUACCAGCCAGGUGUAUGUUCAUAAAUAAGCUUUUGUGCAAUACAUUUUGGGAUUGCGGCCUAUUACUUUAAAAAAGGAUAAAUUUGAACAACUGGAAGAACAAAAUUAGAAAUUAUUAUCUUUCCUAAUAUAAAUACUUGUAAGAGAACCAGAAAUGUGAGAACUACAACUUCCUCCUAAUCAUGUAACUGUUUGCACAAUUGCCUGCCAUUUGGCCUAAUUUACCUGUGGAAAUGCCUUUUGAGAAUCAGAGAAUUAAGAAUUGGUAUUACUUCUUAGGUCUUUUUCCUUCCCUAAUCCUUGUGAUACUGGGGAUUUAUCAUCUAUUAAAAUGGACCUAGUAUCUUUUAAUCUGCAGAUUACUCUAGUUCAAAAGUAAAUUGAAGGUAGCUUGCUUCUUUUUCAUUUCCUUCUUCUAACAUAUAAAUUUGUUUCUUUUAGCAUUUAAUUUGUUGAAUUAAUAGUCCUUUGAUAAUAUAAUUCCUAGUUAUCAGCACAAGUACCCCAGUUUCCUCCUUAAAUAAAAAGCAUGUAAUUCUAAAUUCAUUGACUCUCUCAUUCUACUUAUAACAUGCAAGGUUACAAAAAAAUCAUUGGUUAACUUCUAAACCAAGCUACAA